AUGAAGACAGUUACAAUUAUUACUAUUUUACAAUUAUUAUUUAUUCAAAUCAAUGCUAUUACAAUUGAAGAAAAAGGUGUUGUUAUUGCUAAUAAUAAUAAUGAUGAUGAACAACAACAACAAGAAAAACAACAAAAACAACCUAAAGGUGCACCAAUUGGUGCUACAUCUCAAUUCGAUCCUUAUUCUAAUAUAUCCCCAUUAUCAAGAAGUCUUGAAAUAUCAUCAACCACCAAAUCUUCAAUGGCAAUUGCUAAUACUAUUAUUGGUAUUAUUGGUAGUACUAAUAAUAAUAAUAAUAUUCAAUGGAAAUUAUUAUUAAGUUGUGUUUUAUUUGCAAUUACAAGUUUAUGUAUAAUGUAA